AUGGCAGCCGACUUGGGAGAGGUUGCCCAGCUCUUGGAGGCAAGCUUGGACCCUAGGCAGAACAAACAAGCCGAAAUCACACUCCGUCAGGAAGAGAAAAAACCAGGCUUUUCGAUAUCCUUGCUACACAUUACCGCGUCCGGCGACUAUCCUUACAAUACCCGCCUCGCAAGUGCUCUAUGCUUCAAGAACCUCAUUCGUAGAAACUGGGUAGAUGAGGAUGGAAACUACAAGUUAUCGCAAGACGAGGUUCUAACCAUCAAACGUGAACUGAUCAAUCUCAUGAUCAACGUUCCAGGUGGAAUCCAGACUCAACUUGGCGAGGCAGUCAGUGUGAUUGCCGACAGUGAUUUCUGGGAGCGAUGGGAUACACUGGUGACUGACCUGGUGUCGAGAUUGGAUCCGAAAAACCCGACCGUUAACAUUGGGGUUCUUACUGUUGCGCAUUCUAUUUUCCGAAGAUGGCGACCCUUGUUUCGAUCAGACGAGCUCUUUACCGAGAUCAAUCAUGUUCUCUCGACAUUUUCGACGCCAUACCUAAAAUUAUUCGAGGGACUGGAUGGGUUUAUCGAAGAGAACAAAUCUAACAAAGAACAACUCGUACAAGGCUUCACGCAGCUCAACCUGAUGAUUAAAUUAAUGUAUGAUCUGAAUUGCCAGGACCUGGCUCCGAUGGUUGAGGACAACGUGCAGUCUAUCGCCAGCUUGCUUCUUAAAUAUUUGCUCUACGAUAAUCAGUUGCUGCACACGGAUGAUGAAACCGAGUCAGGACUUCUUGAAUUUGUUAGGGCAGGUAUAUUUGAGGUGUCAACCCUUUUUGUGCAGAAAUACGGCGACGUUUUCGGUCCUCAUGUUGAUCAGUUUGUCGCCAACUCCUGGAACCUGUUGACGAACGUCGGACAAGAGACAAAAUACGAUAUUCUGGUCAGCAAAGCGUUACAAUUUUUGACAUCAACCACAAGCAUGCCUGAACACGCAAAAAUCUUCGAAAAUGAAGCGACUCUAGGCCAGGUUAUUGAAAAAGUUAUACUUCCUAACAUUUCCCUGAGAGAAUCCGAUGAAGAGCUGUUUGAGGACGAACCUAUUGAGUUUAUUCGGCGCGAUCUGGAGGGUUCUGACAGCGACACAAGACGUAGAGCUGCAACUGACUUCGUACGACAGCUGGCUAGCAAAUUUGAGGAAUUGGUUACCAAAACAGUCCUACAGUACACCAACCACUACCUUGCAGAGUACUCCGAGAAUCCAGCUUCAAAUUGGAAAUCAAAGGACACUGCUACGUACCUGUUCUCAGCAAUUGCGGCCAAGGGUACAGCGACCGCCACUCAUGGUAUCACAACUGUGAGUAAACAUGUGGAAAUUGCGACUUUCUUCCAAAACAAUCUUGCUUCGGACCUGGUUAACGACAGUGGACUGCACCCAAUUCUGAAAGUGGAUGCUAUCAAAUAUCUGUAUCUAUUUCGAAGUAUCAUCACGGCCGCCCAGUGGCAGGAAGUUUUCCCAUUACUGGUCAACCACCUUGGCUCAUCAAAUUAUGUUGUCUACACUUAUGCAGCCAUCGCUGUUGAGCGAGUGCUUGCAUUCCACAAUGCCGCUGGCCAGCCUGUUGUUCCACCUGCCAAUAUUACCCCGCUGGCAAAGGAGCUUCUGGAGCAUCUUUUCCAACUCGUCGAGAAAGACCCAUCUCCUCCGAAGGUGCAAGAAAACGAGUUCUUAAUGAAGUGUGUUAUGAGGGUUCUUCUUGUGAUCAAAGAAGCAGUUGUUCCACACACCGAGCCCGUUCUAGAGCACUUUAUUAAAAUCACACAAAUCAUUAGCAACAAUCCCAGCAACCCGCGCUUCUAUUACUACCAUUUCGAGUCGCUCGGUGCUUUUAUUCGAUUCGCGGCACCCGCCAACCCCGAGAAAUUAGAGCAAGCCCUGUAUGCUCCCUUUGCUGGAGUCCUUCAGGCAGAUGUUCAAGAAUUCAUGCCCUAUAUUUUCCAGCUUUUUGCUGCCCUUCUCGAAGCAAACCCUGCUGCGACAUUGCCAGACUACUACAAGGCGUUGAUCGCGCCAAUCCUCAUGCCUGUUAUGUGGGAGUCUAGAGGGAAUGUCCCUGCCCUGGUUCGGCUGCUAUCAGCUAUCAUUCCACGGGGCGCGCAAUUCAUCUUGCAGAACAACCAGAUCGAACCUAUUCUUGGUAUCUUCCAGAAAUUGCUUUCCACAAAGGCUAAUGAAGGUCAUGGCUUUGAUCUCUUGGAAAGUGUUGUUGGAAGCUUCCCCUCAACUGCUUUGGAGCAAUACUUUGUUUCUAUUAUGCAGGUCCUCUUGACCCGGCUGCAGAAUUCCAAGACAGAGAAUCUCCAGUCGCGUUUUGUCCGUUUCUAUCACUUUGUUUCAGCCCGGGAUGAUCAAGGCUAUAGUGCCGAUUUCUUCAUCCAAGUUACAGACAAAGUUCAAACCGAUCUAUUCACCCCGAUUUAUCUAAAUCUUAUUCUACCCGAAUCCCAGAAGCUUGCGAAACCAUUGGAUCGCAAAACCGCAGUUAUUUCUUUUACCAAGACACUUGCCAAUUCGGAGGCUUUCGCAAAUCGAUAUAAGAAAGGUUGGGGUUUCACAUGUGAGGCACUUCUGAAGCUAUUGGAAUUGCCGCCUCUCCCCGCCACACGCGACGACAUUAUCACAGAGCAUGAUGUUGAUGACAUGGCAUUUGGAGUUGGAUUCACCCCCUUGAACACUGUUCGACCUCGUCAGAAAGACCCAUGGCCCGAAACUGGAUCGGAAAUUAAAGUAUGGGUUGGCAAAUAUUUGAAAGAGGCGGACUCAAAACAAAGUGGGAGAAUCAGUGGGUUUGUUCAAGAGCGUCUAUCCCCCGAAGGCCAGAAGGUUCUAGCCGGGUAUAUGACUGUGUGA